GCAUUUGGGGAGCCGACUGAAUGACAUCACCAUGCGCUCGUCAUGGGCUGGUCUGGAUCCAGGGAAUGGGCUCUGGGAAUAGGAAUGGGAUGUGCCCUGAGGACUCAGAUUGAUGGACUCGGAAACAACAUGCCUACAGGAAGCGGUAUCCCACAGAAGCAAUGAGGGUCUGCUAAUCAGCUCAGAAAUGUCUCCCAAAGGAGUUGGCCAAAGUAAAGUAGAGGAAACCGCUGUACAGGUGGCCGUCCGCGUGCGUCCCCUGCUUCCCAAAGAGAUUUUGCACAACCAUGAGAGUUGCAUCACUGCAGAUCCAGAGGAGAAGAGGGUCACCCUAGGCAAUGGCCGCCACUUCCACUGUGACUUUGUGUUUGAGGAGAGCUCUACACAGGAGGAUGUGUAUAGAGACUGCGUUCAACCUCUGAUCGAGGCCUUCUUUAAUGGUUUCAAUGCCACGGUUUUUGCCUAUGGGCAGACCGGCUCGGGCAAAACCUACACCAUUGGAGAAGCCAACAUUUCUGCUUUUAGGGAUGACGAGCAGGGCAUCAUUCCCAGAGCCGUGGCCGAGGUCUUCAAACUGCUGGAUGAGAAUGACCUCGUUGACUUCUCUGUUCGAGUGUCGUACAUGGAGGUUUACAAAGAGGUCUUCAGAGACCUUUUGGAAGUUGAGACGGCCAGUAAAGACAUACAUAUUCGAGAGGAUGAAAGGGGCAACAUAGUGCUUUGUGGUGUGAAGGAAUGUGAAGUGGAGGGACUUGAUGAGGUGCUGAGUCUCUUAGAGUCAGGAAAGACGGCCCGUCACACUGGGGCCACCCAGAUGAACCCCAAAUCCAGUCGCUCUCACACCAUCUUCACGGUGCUCAUGGAACAGAGGCGUGGAGGUUCCCGAGCAGCAUCCGGGACUGUGCAGAUCCUCUCUUCCAAGUUCCAUUUUGUGGACUUGGCUGGAUCAGAGCGAAUCCUCAAAACCGGCAACACCGGUGAACGGCUCAAGGAGAGCAUUCAGAUCAACAGUGGACUUCUCGCUCUCGGAAAUGUCAUUGGAGCGCUUGGGGAUCCCAAAAGAAAAGGCACCCAUAUUCCAUACAGGGAUUCCAAAAUCGCCAGGAUUUUAAAGGAUUCUCUUGGAGGCAACGCCAAAACCCUCAUGAUUGCCUGCAUAAGCCCUUCAUCCUCAGACUUUGAUGAGAGCCUAAAUACACUCAACUACGCCAAGCGGGCUCGUAACAUCCAGAACCGAGCCACAGUCAACUGCCGGGGGGAACCUGACCGCGUCGAGGGCCUUGAACUCCAGAUCAAAGCGCUAAGACGAGCUCUCGAAAACCGCCAGCGCUCUGAAACCCGUAUCAUCGCUCGUUCCGACCCCGAGAAGAGACUUCGGCCCUUUGAGCUUUUGGACGUGAGAAAGCUCCAAGCAGAGAGCGCCCACUACCGGACGUGCACAGACUCGGCCUACAGGCUUUUGACGGAGCUGCAGGGGGAAGGAACUCUGAACGCAGGUCAGCUCUUGCGGGUGAAAGAGUGGCUUUGUGCCGUUGAGGAGGAACGCAGCGGCUUGACCUCGGCAUCGGGGCUGGACAGCGGCAUUGAGAGCAGCUCUACUGAGGACAGCACUGCGCUAAAAAGAGGGCGGGCAGCAUUGAACAACCAGCGGUGGGAUUUAUUUAUGCCAAAGGAUCCUGACCAUGUCAAUAAGGAUUGGAACCGAGAGGACUACAUUUCCCAGCUGCAAGCCCAGAUACAGCAACUAGAACAAGAAAACACUGAUUUUCUUGCUGCUCUGGAAGAUGCCAUGGAACAAUACAAACAACAGAGCGAUAAGCUACAAGAGCAGCAGGAUCUAAUAGCAGAGCUUCACAGUCUGUUAGCCCAGCCUGGUGGAGUGGGAUUGCUCCACCUGAAACAGAGACCUCACACUGCUCCUAUCCACUCACUGCUGCUGACAUCCGACAGCUCCGGCAGCCUCACUCCUCCCUGCGACAGUGAUGUGGGCAGAAGCCUCGCCAGACAGGUUGAAAUGGGUCCGUCAGUGGACAGCAGCUCAUUUUCAGACCAGACCCAGUGGGACAGCGGACAUGGAAACGCAUACUAUGAAACUUCUGGAAAAGGAGUGAACAGAGAUGAAGACGGACAUGUUCAAACCACCAGAGAUAAACGCAAGUCUAUGAAUGUAACCUGGACGAAAAAAGAAGCUCCAUUGCUCCAAGGAUCCUCUGCCAGGGCUCCGCUGCCUCAGGCUCUUGGGCUUGGCCAUCCUCUGGGAAUACAAUGCACUAGACGCACAUCUAACAGCAGCAUUGGCGAGAGCUCUGUGUGGGAGAGCGUGAGAGGUUUUGGAGGUGAGUUCUGCUCGGAGAGAGGGCUUCUCCAGGCACAGCAGAAGAUCAGGGAGCUCUCCAUCACCAUCCGCAUGAAGGAGGAACUCAUUAAAGAGCUGGUCAAAACAGGUAAGGAUGCCCAGGCCUUGAACAGGCAGUACAGUUGUAAGAUCACUGAGCUGGAAGCCGAGGCGGAGCAGGCCCGUGCGGAGCUUACAGAGGCACAAAAGCAGCUCCAGGACCUGGAGGUUCAGGGUGGCCGUAAUGGCGCUGACCGCUCUAAAGCUCAGGAGUGCAGGAGGAAAAUCGCAGCUGCUCAGAGCAAAGUUCAGGUGUUGAAGCAGAAGCAGCGGGACACUGCGCAGCUGGCCUCCCUGUCUGCACAGAGCGAGCGCCGUGUGCAGGAGCUGGAGAGGAACGUACACAACAUGAAGCAGCAGCAGGACCUUCUGCAGCGCCGCCUGCGAGAGGAGAGCCAGCAGAAGAGACGGCUGGAGAGCGAGAUGCAGAAAGGAAAGCACAGAGUCAAGGAGCUGGAGAUAAAGAACGAACAGCAGCAGAAAAUUCUGAGGAUUAAGACGGAGGAAAUCGCUGCCUUCCAGCGACAGAGGAGAAGUGGAAGUAACGGCUCGGUCGUAUCACUAGAGGAACAGCAGAAAGAACGCACCGGUGAGCUCAGCAACACCAAAAGACCCGGAAGACCACGGAAAACAACUGUGGUGGAUGACCGAAGAAUUCUCUCCUUGGUGAAGAAACACUCUCCAGGAGGUAGGUGUUUGUGUGUCAAAGUCAACAAUCAAGAGAAGACUUCACCAGAACGGACAUUUCAAACCACCAGAGAUAAACGCAAGUCUAUGAAUGUAACCUGGACGAAAAAAGAAGCUCCAUUGCUCCAAGGAUCCUCUGCCAGGGCUCCGCUGCCUCAGGCUCUUGGGCUUGGCCAUCCUCUGGGCAUACAAUGCACUAGACGCACAUCUAACAGCAGCAUUGGCGAGAGCUCUGUGUGGGAGAGCGUGAGAGGUUUUGGAGGUGAGUUCUGCUCGGAGAGAGGGCUUCUCCAGGCACAGCAGAAGAUCAGGGAGCUCUCCAUCACCAUCCGCAUGAAGGAGGAACUCAUUAAAGAGCUGGUCAAAACAGGUAAGGAUGCCCAGGCCUUGAACAGGCAGUACAGUUGUAAGAUCACUGAGCUGGAAGCCGAGGCGGAGCAGGCCCGUGCGGAGCUUACAGAGGCACAAAAGCAGCUGCAGGACCUGGAGGUUCAGGGUGGCCGUAAUGGCGCUGACCGCUCUAAAGCUCAGGAGUGCAGGAGGAAAAUCGCAGCUGCUCAGAGCAAAGUUCAGGUGUUGAAGCAGAAGCAGCGGGACACUGCGCAGCUGGCCUCCCUGUCUGCACAGAGCGAGCGCCGUGUGCAGGAGCUGGAGAGGAACGUACACAACAUGAAGCAGCAGCAGGACCUUCUGCAGCGCCGCCUGCGAGAGGAGAGCCAGCAGAAGAGACGGCUGGAGAGCGAGAUGCAGAAAGGAAAGCACAGAGUCAAGGAGCUGGAGAUAAAGAACGAACAGCAGCAGAAAAUUCUGAGGAUUAAGACGGAGGAAAUCGCUGCCUUCCAGCGACAGAGGAGAAGUGGAAGUAACGGCUCGGUCGUAUCACUAGAGGAACAGCAGAAGAUAGAGGAGCAGAAACGCUGGCUUGAUGAGGAAAUGGAGAAGGUUCUGGGUCAACGGCGUGGCCUUGAUGACCUGGAAGGAGAGCUGACCAAGAGAGAGGAGAUCUUAGCCAAAAAAGAGGCCUUGCUCUUGGAACGCAGUGGCUUGGAAUCCAAAAAGCUCCGCUCUAGUCAGGCUCUCAGUAAAGACCUGCUGACCUUGUCGAGCCGAAUCGAGUCUCUGGAACGAGAGCUCACUGAGAGGAACGGUCUUCUGCGUAGUAGCAGUGCUCAGGACUCUCAGCAGAUCAGACAGGAGAUCUCCAACCUCCGGCAGGAGAAGGACCAGCUCUUCAAACAGAGGGUGGAGCUGGACGACAAACUGAGACAGGGCAACCUGCUCUCUCCUGAGGAAGAGCGAACACUGUUCCAGUUGGACGAGGCCAUUGAGGCUCUGGAUGCUGCUAUCGAGUACAAAAACGAGGCGAUCACCCAGAGGCAGAGGCAGUUGCGGGCGUCAGGGAGCAUGCUAACCCAGUGGGAGAUGAACCUGAUGGCCAAACUCUCCAACCUCUCCGGCUCGGAAACUAAAGCUCUGCUUUGUAAAUACUUUGAUAAGGUUGUGUGUCUUCGAGAGGAAGAACGGAGGCUGCAGCUGGCUCUAGCUGAGCUGGAGUUGAGAGUCGAGGAGCAGCAGAAUUUGGUUGUGUGGUUGGAAGCAGCUCUGGAAAGACAGCAGCUCGAGGCGGAUCGCAGACUCACCCAGCAGCAGAAAGAACACGAGAGAAACAUCCAGCUUCUGCUGCAGCAGUGCCGAGAGCAAAUGGAUGAGGGUCUGGCUGGUAGACAGCGGCAGUAUGAGUGCUUGAUCCACAACCUCAGCAAAGAGCUUAACUUCUGCAAAAUAGCAAAUCAGGAGCUGAACAUCAAACUGAGGGAAAUGUGUGGCCAUGUGAGUUUUGCUGGAGAACAAAGCAAAGGUGAGAACUGA